AUGGAGGUUGAGUUGGAAGAGAAGAGCAAGGUUGAGUUGCAGGAGCUGGCGGUGGACCUUGGGAUCAAGCAGCCCGGUGUUGGUUGGCCGAAAUGCUGCCCUCCAAAAGGUGUCAAAGCAGACAUCAUUCGCGCCAUUGUCGCCCACAUCCAGCAGCAAGCAAAUAACGAACUAGAAGAAGAGCAAGGAGAAGAGCAAGGAGAAGAGCAAGGAGAAGAGCGAGAGGUGGAGGGGCUGGAAGUUGAGGACAGCGUUGGUGUUGGACAAAGGCCUGUCGUGGGAGAUGAUGAGACUGAUGAUGGGGGUGACAGUGAGCAUGUCCCUGAAUUCCACCACCAGGAACAGCAACAAAAACAAGAGGAGCAGCGACAGAAACAAGAGCGGGAAGAACAAGCACCACAACAGCAACAACAAGAGCAGUAUGAACUGAUCCAGCAAGACGUGUUGCAGGCCACAGCACAGGCACAGGCGAGCAUGAUUGAGGAUGAGCAUGCCCUCAUUCACAAGGCCAUGCUGGCUGCACGCACGACAUUCACGGCCGACUUCAGCGACAACAACCUCGCCUACUUCCCGCGCACUGUCGGCUAUGGUGUGAGCUGGCUCAGCGACCCCGUGCCCAUUGCUCUACUGCAGAACUUGGUGCUGGACCGCAACAGGCUGUGCUCGCUCCCUGAUGAGCUGACGUGCCUGACGCAGCUGCGGCGGCUCUCCGCCAAGCACAACAGCCUGCAGACCCUCCCAGAUGCCCUGCACACCUUGCCGCGCCUCCAAGUCGUGGACGUGAGCCACAACGCAUUGACAGCGCUGCCGACCACCAUCACGCAGUGUCACCGACUGCAGGUGCUGAACGUCGACGACAACCACUUGGUACAGCUGCCCGAACAGCUUGGCGACUUGAAGAGCCUGCGCGAACUUGGUAUUGGUACGCAGCCGCACCUGAAAUCGCUGCCCGUGUCGCUGUGGAGAAUAGCGGGCACGCUGACAGCACUGUGGUUCCGCGAGUGCCCCAAGCUCAACAAUGCGCCCGCGUCCCUCCUCAGAAACACAGACCUCCUCCUGCAGCACCUCAAGCGCCAAGACCCAAAUGCAGAGACACUCAACACGAUGUUUGCUGGGAUUUCGCUGUCGCCGCUUCGAAGUGCCAUGCAACACGAAGAAUCCGUCCAGCAGCAGCAGCAGCAGCAGCAGCAACGGUCACAGGGGUUGUCGCACUCCGCGAUCGGUGGAGGAGAAAUGACCUCUUCACCCCUGCCACAGCUUGUGCGGACGCAACGGCUCAGGGAGACGGGCACUGUGUCGCCAUCAAUGACACGCAGCGCCACCCAUGCAACACGCCGUGAAAUCCACCACCACCAGCCAAGGUCGCACCUUCUCAUGCCAGAUUAUGGGGAGGGGCAGCAGCAGCAGCAGCAGCAGGGAGAAUACACGCACGAACAGCAGCGCCAGCAACGGUAUCCACACGAACACCACACCCAACAGCAACCGCAACACCAACAGCAACAGCGCAGUGCGCCGCCACCUCCGCCCCUGGCUGCGGAGCAUACGCUGGCGAGCGCGCUGUCCAAAGGAAAACUGGCGAGUCCUUCCAGCGCACGUGCGCGCAUCAACCCGCAGCUGGACGUCAGCACCGUUUUCGCUGUCAUCGACACGUGCAUCGCCCUCAACCCAAUGGAUGUAACAACGCUGCUGCAGCUGCUGGACUGGUACCGAUCACUUGUGAUCAUCGUCCCGCGCAUCGUCAUGAAGGAGCUCGAGCGCAUGAAGGAGAACAACACUGAGCGCGGGUACCAUGCUCGCUCGUUUAUUCGGUUCUUGCGUCGGCGGCUGGAGCGACAGGAUCCACAGGUGCAAGUGCAACGCGUACAGGACCGGGUGUUUGCCAAGUGGGAGCAGAAGCAAUUGACAAAUGACCAUCGAAUCAUGGAGUGUGCCCUGUUUGCAAAACAACGCCUUGCGAGACCAAAGUUUGACAAGGCGCUGCUGCUGACGAACGACCAAGGUCUGCAGGUUGCGGCGAGGACAGAGGGGCUGGCAAGCGUCACCGUGCAUGACCUGGCAGACAGCCUGACGCAGCUGAUACAGAGCGAAGUCCCACGUGGUGAUGUGGCAGUGGGCGAAGCACGGGAGCGUGGUGGUGGCCUCGCCACGCAGCGUGUGCACCAUGCACAACACCCGCCGCCCCUCCAGUUUGAGCAACAGCGGCAUCACCAGCAUCGACAGCAGCAGCAGCAUCAACAGCAUGUACUGCAGCAUCGACAGCAGCAGCAGCAUCAACAGCAGCAGCACCAGCAUCGACAACAGCAGCAUCAACAGCGGCAGCAGCAGCAGCAGCAUGUACUGCAGCACCAACCGUCCCAGCCACUCGACCGCUACUCCCGCCACCACCACCAUCGCGACUCGCAGCACUUUGAGCGGCAUGCAGAGGAUGGUGACGGCCACAGCCAGCGCGAGCACCGUGGUGCAGCUGCUGUGCAUCGUGACCGCGGUGAUCGGCAUGGUGGCGGUGGCCGUGGUGGUGACCGCGGUGACGGCGAUGGUAAUCGCCUGCAGAGACGGAAGAGCCGCAACCGCAAACAUCAGCGCAGCAGACGUGGACGUGGUGGUAACCGUGGCGGUGGCCGUGGUGGUGGCAAUGGUGGUGCUGGAGAACGAAGGGGCGAGGAGCAUGCUGAACCGGGGCGAGUGCACGGGAGUAGUCAUGGAGCGAUUGGGGGAGACGAUCGGGGGCGUGGUCAGGCGGACGACAAGCACGGGUUGGCCAGGGAGCAGCACCAUCACCUACACUCGAGGCGCAACCCAUAUCCGCGCUUGUGA